GGUCAUAUUAUGUGUAAUUUAAUGUAAUUCCUUGUCUAUAUAUAUGUACAUCUGUCUAUAUUUUCAUCCACUUAUUCAUAUAUAUUUAUAUCCGAAAUUGAUAUUCAAAACUUAAUUCCCUUAUUUACCUAACAGUUCAUUUGUCAUGAUGCGUUCAAUAUUACAUCACGUGUGGUGAAUUCAUAAUACCGGAGUGCUGAUAUAACAUACGAGAAUAAAAAUGAAACUGUUUAUAUUGAAUGUCGUCAAAUUACCACUGAACGCAUAGAAUUUGUUAACAGAAUGAUUUAAGUUAGUAUCUUUUUUGCAAAUGAGAACUAAUGCACAAGAUAACAUACAAUGAAAAUCAUAUUAAUAUUGAAUGUUUCCAUUUCUGGAAUAAUACUGUUACUUUCAUUAAUUGAAAUAAUCUUAAUUAAUACUAUAACCGCAUCACAUGCUCAUUAUUAUAAGUAAGUUACAAGUUGUGUAAGCUGACCAGUUUCAAAGUGUUGCGAAUGAGAAGUUCAGAUCCUCAAAUUAUAAAUACAAUUAUUAAUCUAAAUCUUAACGAACCGGAGAACUAUGAUAUAUGGACGUUUCCUAGAGAUACAAAUAACUCAAUGUACAUAUCAGUAUCUCCUGCAGGAUUUCAAAAUCUUACAAACUAUUUACAACAUUGGAAUACUUCUUAUGAAAUAACUGUUAGUAAUUUACAAAAAGCAAUACUUGAUGAAAAGCGUGAGAAUCAUUUAAGAAGAGUAUCCAGUUAUUUAAGAACAGGACGUAAUAGACCAUAUUACAAAUCAUUUAGUGAGAUCGUUCAAUAUUUAAACCAGUUAAGUCAAACGCGUCCGUAUAUGACGGUGGAAGAUUUUGGUUAUACAGCCGAAGGUCGACCAAUGAAGGGAGUUACGAUAUCAUCAGAUUCGACAAGACCAAUAAUCUGGAUUGAUGCCGGUAUUCAUGCAAGAGAAUGGAUUGCACCAGCAACAGCAUUAAGUAUAAUAAAUAAGCUUAUGCGCCCAUCAGGACAAACACUAUUAAAACAUUUUCAAUUCUUCAUAGUUCCUCUAAUGAACCCAGAUGGAUAUGAAUAUACGAGAACAAAGUAUCGUCUAUGGCGUAAAAAUCGAGCUCGAACAGAAGGUGAAGCAUGCAUCGGAAUAGACUUAAAUAGAAAUUUUCCAUUUAAAUGGGGUGUUGGAAAUGGAGCGUCACCCCAUUCAUGCAGUGAUACAUAUCGUGGAAAUGAAGCAGCCUCAGAAUUGGAAACACAAAGUAUCAUUAAAAAGUUAAAAUCUUUACAGAAACAAAUAAUUUUAUACUUGAGUUUACAUUCGUUUGGUCAGUACAUACUAACACCUUUCGGAUUUUCCCGUUACAGUUAUCCACCUUAUUACCAAAAAUUAAUGUCAAUGGGCAAAAAAGUAAAGCAAAUGAUACAAAAUCGACAUGGUUAUGUUUAUCAAGUUGGUUCAUCAUCUGAACUUUUAUAUGAAGCAGCUGGAGCAACGGACGACUAUGUAGCUGGUGAAUUAAAAAUCCCAUAUGCUUAUACAAUAGAAUUAUGUGAUGAAGGUCGUUAUGGAUUUCUUCUGCCACCAUCAUAUAUUGGACAAGUUGGAAGACAAUUAUGGACAGCGUUAACUGUACUCGCAAAUGAUAUUAUUCCUAAUUAAAAUUAUAGUUUAUCUUAUAAAUCUAGUUAAUGAAUAAAUAAGUUAGUCUAGUUUAAUAAAUUGUAUUUAUUUCAUAGUUAUUGUAAUAUUGUUCUCUACUAUAAUAAAUUUAUCAUUAUAUCUUA